GUAUUAAGAUGCUUUCCCCAAAAGAUAUUCUGCGAAAAGAUCUGAAGUUGGUCCGUGGUUGUCCCAUGACCUGUGCUUUUGUGAACAACUGGGAAAAAAUUGAACAGUUCCAUAGCAGACCAGAUGACAUUGUGAUAGCCACUUAUCCUAAAUCAGGUACUACUUGGGUUAGUGAAAUUACAGACAUGAUUCUAAAUGAUGGAGAUAUUGAAAAAUGUAAGCGAGGUUUUAUUACCGAAAAAGUUCCAAUGUUGGAAAUGACUCUCCCUGGAUUAAGAAUAUCAGGUAUAGAACAAUUAGAGAAGAAUCCAUCACCCCGGAUUGUGAAAACACAUCUACCAACUGAUCUUCUUCCUAAGUCUUUCUGGGAGAACAAUUGCAAGAUGAUUUAUCUGGCUCGUAAUGCCAAGGAUGUUUCAGUCUCAUAUUACCAUUUCGACUUAAUGAAUAAUUUACAACCUUUUCCUGGUACCUGGGAAGAAUAUCUGGAGAAAUUCAUAACCGGAAAAGUGGCCUAUGGUUCCUGGUUUACUCAUGUUAAAAACUGGUGGAAAAAAAAGGAAGAACACCCAAUACUUUUCUUGUACUAUGAAGAUAUGAAAGAGAAUCCAAAGGAGGAAAUCAAGAAGAUCAUUAGAUUUCUAGAGAAGAACCUGAAUGAUGAGAUCUUGGAUAGGAUCAUCAAUCACACCUCAUUCAAAGUGAUGAAGGACAAUCCUUUGGUAAAUUAUACACAUCUACCAACUACAGUGAUGGAUCAUAGCAAAUCCCCUUUUAUGCGUAAAGGGAUGGCUGGUGACUGGAAGAAUUACUUCACAGUGGCCCAAAAUGAGAAAUUUGAUGCAAUUUAUAAGACAGAAAUGUCUGGAACUGCACUUCAAUUCCGCUCAGAGAUUUCACGUGUCUAAAUCACAGAUCUGAAGAAAUAAGAGAUUUUCUGUAGUUGAAUGAAACGAGGGCAGUUAUGAAUUGAUUUGGGCACUCAAAUGAAUUUAUGAAGGAGAAUAAUAUGCUUUU